GAGCGCACCUGUGGGAGACAGAUCCCUUGGUUUUGUCCACCACACAGGUAGCCUCGUUUCCCUGUUGAGCCUUCAGGCCAUUAAACAAGUAAUGAUGACGAGCGUCCACAGAGAAAGCCGUCGCUCCUCCUCUGUGCGGUUUCCAGUGGGUCCACACCCGCCGUCGGCAGGCGUGUCCUUUGCGAUGCCAGGGCGCGGUCGCCACCGUGUCUCCCCAGAUCUGGCACGGGAUCUGCACGUUGAACCUGCUGCCUUCCCUUCCUAAACGUUGGGCAUCAUUUUCACACGCUUCGCUCAAGGAAGACGCUCUGUGAUCGUCACGUGCUAGUUGUACCUUAAAACAUCACUUGUGAAAUGGCGCAGAAAAUCCGUCAGUGGCCGAUGGAAGAUUCUGUUUAUUUGGGGCACACGACCUUCCCCCCGUCCCACAUCAGGUCACGCCACACCUUUAGUCCGGACCCUGUGUUUCAGAUCGCUGGGCUGGAGGGCUGCCCCGUCCCGACAGCGACACCUUACCCACGCCCCACCCCUCUGGCACGGCCAUAUGUUUCCAGUGGAACAUCUGCUGGAAGACUUGUUCCUUAAAGUCCUGAUACUAUGGCCAUAUGGCUUAGUCCGUACUUGUGCUUUUCAGAAGGCAGCAAAGUCCCACGACGACACCGUGUGGGUUCAGCCGCACCCACACGGCUUGCUGAGACACGCUCACCAGCCAGACACAGCCUUCUCGGCUCCCAGGACGGGUGUCAGUUCCUAACUCCCAGCAACCACACCGCGAAUCAACAGCACGGCGAUCAGAGGGGAUUUACGGGUUUAUGUGUGUUCCUCCCUUCCCUUUUUUUAGGAUUUAAAACUGAGUGAGUUAGCACAGAAGCAGUCUUCUCUUGGGAAAUGACAUCCUCGCACUAAAAUUAGGCGGUACAGGUUUUCCUCUACCCCCCACGGCCGGGCAGGAAGGUUUCUACGGCCAAAUAAGGCAUGUAUUAAUGCGCGUGUGUUUUUAAAUGACUUUGGCUUGUUCUUGUCAGGAUCCAGUCCCAGGUCCCUUGUGCCUUGAUGUGAAGAUGAAUAAGAGAGCAUUUAAACGAUGGAGAUGACAGUCUAUCCGCAAUUACCUUUGACUCUGACUUUGAGACGAAAGCAGAAAGGAAAAGUUUCCACAAACCUCCACCCACAUCACUGAAGUCACCUUAUCACUCUAAACCGAGGAAAGUGGCAUCCUGGAGGUCUCUGAGGACGGCAGCAAGCAUGCCUCUUGGUAACAGAACGUCCUUAACCCCACAGAAGCUGUGGCUGGGAAGCUCGAAGCCAGGAAGUCUGACCCAGCCCCUGAAGUCAGACCUGACCUUGGAGCAGGCGUGGGCCAGCGCCCCCAGCACUACUCCCGACUAUCUGAGAGCAGCCUUAAGAGUGAAGAGGUCCAAUCUCAGGCGUUCUGCCAGCAAUGGUCACGUUCCCAGGACCCCUGUCUACAGAGAGAAGGAAGACAUGUACGACGAGAUCAUUGAGCUGAAGAAGUCCCUGCACGUGCAGAAAAGUGACGUGGACCUCAUGAGAACAAGGCUGCGGCGCCUGGAGGAGGAAAACAACAGGAAGGACCGGCAGAUACAGCAGCUCUUGGACCCGUCCCGAGACCCGGAUUUUGUUCGGACUCUGGCAGAGAAAAGGCCCGAUGCCGGCUGGGUCGUUAACGGGCUAAAGCAGAGGAUUCUGAGGCUGGAGCAGCAGUGCAAGGAGAAGGACAACACGAUCAACAAACUGCAGACUGAUAUGAAGACCACUAACUUGGAGGAGAUGAGAAUCGCCAUGGAGACGUACUACGAGGAGAUUCAUCGUCUCCAGACUCUCUUGGCGAGCUCCGAGACCGCGGGAAAGAAGACUCCGGGGGAGAAGAGACUGGGCGUCAAGAGGCCGAAGAAAGUGAGCAGCGCCCUCCUGAGCUUGUCCCGGAGCGUCCAGGAGCUCACGGAGGAGAACCAAAGCCUGAAGGAAGACCUGGACCGUGUGCUGAGCAACUCCCCCACCGUCUCCACCACGAAGGGUUACACGGAGUGGAGUAAGCCCCGGCUGCUGAGACGGAUCGCGGAGCUGGAAAAAAAAAUAAGUUGGAUGGAAAGCCCCACAUCACAGGCUUCAGAAGAGGUCAAGUCAAACGCCCCGGUGCAGUCUGCGUCCAGCUCCACCGUGCCCCGGCAGCCGAGAUGUGACCGGCACCAGGAGAGCGAGCGUCUCCGGGGGACGGUGCAGAGCCUGAGAGGCGAGCGGGACGCGCUGCAGAUGCAGCUUCAGGAGAAAGAUUUGGAAGUGAGACAGCUGCUACAGACAAACGCCACCUUGCAGAAGGAGCUGGAGGGCGUGAGGGAAGGGGAGGAGGAGAGGAGAGGAAGAGAGGAGGCUCUGAGAGAGGAAAUUCAAACACUUACCAAGAAGUUUCAAGAACUGGAAGAAAUUAAGAGAGAAGAAAAAGACGACCCCGUGGAAAUGACCCCGGAGACCCCGGAAGAACCCCGACCUUCCCUUCCCACCAGCAGGCCCUCUCAGCAGGACUCUGAGCCAGAUACAAGCGAGGAGGGCUUCUCCCGGCCCCCCUCCACCUGCUCCGAGGGGCGAAGAGACACGGCAGCCAGGAUCCUGCAGAGCCGGUGGAGGGUAUACAGACACCAGAAAAAAAAGGCCGUCCUGGACGAGGCGGCUGUGGUGCUUCAGGCAGCGUUCAGGGGACAUGUAGCGCGGGUGAAGCUGUUGUCAAGCGAGGCGUGCGCCCCAGAACCCCCCAGCCCGCCCAGACAGGACCCUCCGUCACCGCGUGUUCCAAGCCCCACCGUCCAGGCCCAGGGCAGCCCGGGACAGGAGGAGGCCAUCACCGCCAUCCAGUCCGUCCUGCGGGCGCACCUGGCACGGGUCAGGCGCAGCGCCGCCGGUCAGAGAGCCGUCGCCGCAGCCCCCAGAAGGAGGCAGCCCGUUCCGGCCACACACAGCCAGCUCUCCUCGCCACCCUGCCCGGGCCCUUCUCCUGGUCAAGAGGACAGUGAGGCGAGCGGCGGGGAGACCACGGAGGGGCCGGCGGCCGAGGACGAGGCUCCGGUGAAUCCAGCAGCCCUGCAGCCCCGCUGCGGGCCGUCCUCUCCCUCGGGACCGGGACCCGCAGACGACGGCAGCUCUGACGACUCCGAUGAGAUCGUGGUGGCCCCGGCUGUGGCCCCGAGGAAGGCCGCCUCCCCACCCUAGGUUCCGGGCCUGCCCCUCACGCGGCGACGGCCCUGCAGGGAAGCUCGGGGUUUGGAGGACGAAGCGUGUCCUAGAGGACGUGGGAACUACAGUUAUGACUGGAGAGUAUUUUACCUUGUUAACCAAGAGCUCCGUGCUCCACACACACCUCAGCAGCCUGGUCGGUGCUCCUCUUCCGUUGGUCUGGUCGCCUGUUUGGUUGCUUGUUCAGGGAAUCCUGAAUGAUCUCGUCUCCGGGAAGGGCCGGCGGCGCAGUUUUCGGUGUCAGACGGACAGACGCUUCUGCCCAGGACGGGCCAGCCGGGGGCCCUGCAAAGACGCGGUCUCGGCAGCCGCUUCCUGGCCUCCGGCCGUGAGCUGGGAACACCCGCCUUGUCUGGAGCCGUGCUGACGGCUCCCCGUUCCUCUCCUGCCACCGCCUUCUCUGGCACCGCGUGCUCUGAUCUCCACCCGGCAAGUAGGCAAAGUACUUUCUGGAAGAGACACAUAUGACAGACCCCUGUGGCAGGAUACGGCGUCUCCAAGUCUCGUGAGACAUGAGGACAUCGGGGCCCCAAGAGGGGCUCAUGUUCCUCAGGCUCCUCCUCCUGCCCCUCUCCACGCAGACCUUCCCCCACCAUCAUCCCCACCGCCAGGGCCCUGUGCCCAAGAGGUGCUGUGCCCAGGAAGGAGUCUGGCGAGACCCUGUCACUGGAUAGGCCAAGCCUUAAAAGGCACCAAACCCUAACCACGAAGUACCAUCAGGUUUGCCUUUGAGAAGUGCAGCGGCACAGCUGUCCCCAGACCCCGGGCAGGGAAGGGGUGCUGGGCUCACCCACGGGCCGCAGGUGAUGGGGGUGCUCCGGGCCCUUGCUGCGUGCGGGCCCCAGCUCCCGCCCAGCCUGUGCCACACAAACACACAGCCCCCCCCUUUGUCUGCAAGGUCAGCCUUUGUUGAUGGAACGAGAAGAGCCUCAGGCUCGCGGUCAGGGGGGGGGACGUCAAGGGCGUCUUAAGAGCCCCGUGUCCCCAGGCCGGGCGUCCAACUCUCCACAGGUCCACAGGCCACACACCUGGCGUGAGGAAGCUCGCUCUUGCCUGGACUGAGUGUGCCGGCUGGAGCCCUUCUGAGGUCGAACCUUGGGGAGUAGGAUGCGUUCUUCUUUGGGGAAACCCUUGGCCCUCCUCACCGUGGCCAGGAAGCUUCUGGCGCCACAACCAGCUAGAGCCCGUCCAUGGUCGUCCACCCCGAGCUGCCGGGACCACCCGGUCAGGCUCCGUCCACACAACAGCUUGAGAAAAAAAAGCCCAGCCAGAAAGCUAGGCCGAUUUAGUCUUUUGUUGGUUUGGUCUGUGGGCUGUGAAGUCCCAUUUUCUUGUUUCUCGUUUUUCCCACUGGACCGACUGGUAACUGGACCGAAUCUGUUGCCGCCCCUGGCUUGUUUCACGCGUGGGGUCUGUUCCCCAGUGACCCGACCACCCUCCCCUGGGUCCCGGGCUCGGAGCUAAGGGUCUGUAGGGGCUGGGCGAGCGCUGGGGGCCUGCCCGCUCCUGGGGCGAGGCUCCUCCCACCCGUCACUCAAACAACGGGCAUUUCCACCCACUCGUCAUUCGGGCCCUGGAGAACAAGGCCCCGCGUGGCGUCCGGGCUGGUCUGUGUGCCGUGACCGGAGGGGCCUGGCCAGCGGGCAGGGCCACGAAGGCAAGAUCGGUCCGUGUGCUUGUGUUUUCCAAGGAGACGACCCCAAGAACUGUAAAUAUGUACACGCGUCUGCCUGUGUGCCUUCCGGGCAGCAUUGUUGAUCUAUUAAAAGCAAACAUUCUCGAA